UGUGUAAAAUGACCUGCUAAGGUGACAUUUAACUUUCGCUAAACCUAAUCAAUCAUACCUAAUUACCCAAUUAUCCGAAUGAUCCUAUUUCCCUAUCAUCCAUCCACCCUUCCUAAAUCCUAAUCAACACCAAUAAAACUAAUUUUUCCUCAAAAUAUUAAUAGUUCUUUCAAAAAGAGUGUUAUGUCAUAUUCAAACUACUCACUAGCAUCAGAUGACAAAGUCUGCACUUCACUUUAUGCAUCUGAAUUUCUGAUUUUUGAGCAACCCAGGUUAGUUUAUUCUCCAUAAAUAUAAUUUCGUCUCAAAUUUGAACAUUACACAACUAUUAUUUCAUCAGCAGUUAGUCAUUACUACAAAUUCCAAUUAUCAAUGUGCUAUUUUUGCUUGCACUCAUUGUACAAGUUUAGAUAAAAUGAAUAUAAUGCUAUAAAAUUGUAGUUUUUGGAUUUUUCGUGGUUGUUAUUGUUGGGUAGGUAGUUGUUUUUUGGUGGCAGAAUUGAGGGUUAAUCUUGGCUGUAAUACAAUGUUAUUGGUAUAAGUAUGCACACCAGGUGUUUGAUGUAUUGCCUCUUUGAGAUUCUGGCCUUGCUUUGUUUCACCUCUCCCUAAACCUAUGGGCUAUGAUACGGUGAAAGAGUGUGUGACUUGAGGCUUGUUAUUUUGUUCAUGGUAUUGCAUGACAUGUUAGUGUAGAAGAACUUUGGACCCCAAAACACGGUGUAACGUUUUGAUGAUAUAGUUUGAUUGGUUGAUGAUGGAAUGGGAUUAGCCUUGGUGAUCAAGGCAAUAGUACACUAAUUACAGCUAUUGGAAUAUGCUUGGAUGAAGUGGGGACCAAAGGGACACGUUGCAACAAGCAAGAAUGAACGCUUUGACAUGAACUGGACUGCCAGGCUUCAAAUCAACGUAAUCCUAGGCUUCCUCCUUUGAUCUCCAAGGCAGUUUUCAGUGUUCUUGGAUAGGGUGGAGUGGUGUCUUGAUGAACACACAAGAACACGCACAACCAAGAAGGGUAGACUGACCCUUGGUAACCCAAUUGCAUAGCAAUUGAAAUGAAAAUUCACUUAAUGAAAUUUCAGAGAAUUAUCAUUCAUAACUUGAGUUUUACAAUGAUCACAUCAUCCAUUUAUAAGCCUAGGAUACAUGAGCAAAGGAAUGAAAAAUACACGUAAGGUAACUAACACUAACGGUCAUAUUGCUCACGUGAAUUACAUGUGCUCAUUAAAACAAAACAGAAUGAAAACAAAACAGAAGCUGAUUCAACUCUGUCAGAAUAGCUGCUGACUACGUGACCUUUAGCCCUGUUUCUUGUGCACCUCCGAUGAUUGUGAGGAGGACUCUUGGGUCAUGGCAGCAAGGCCCGUGUAUGGAGAUUCCAUUUCUGCGCUCCACGUCAUCCCACAAACUCUGGUUUUGUCUGGAAGGACCUGUCAAGGUGGCCUGGUCAGCAGGGUCGAUCAGAUUCUGUUAAGUGUCUGAUCCUUCUAAUCUGUUGGCCAGCCCUCCUUCAGCAUGACUUCUAGGGCUUCUGGUGGACUUGUAACAGGGUCCUGGAGCCUUGAUUGCUUGUUCCAUGUAGGAAGAUGACGUUUCUUCUCCUAUCAUGGUCCAGUUGUUCCAGACCUGAGCUCAAAGUGCUCCACAAGGUCAGCUGGUCAACAGGUUGUCCUGUAUCCUGGAUUCUGUUGUCUGUUUGCAUCCUUAGAUCCUUGGUGUGAGUUUUUGAUGUCUGCUUGGUUUCCUUGUGCCCAAAAUGUGAUCUUAGGUCUGUUCCUAUGUCUUGGAACGCAUGAACGCAUCAGGAGCUAGCUCUGGUCCUCCAUGAUCAUUUGGUGCAGGUGUUAAGGUUUUUAGUUUGAAACAUUCUAGGGGCAGACAUUUAAAGCAAAGCCAACACAUUGUGACUUUAUUUAGCUCACUUGGACGGGCAAAGGAUGGUAGUUGUUAUGAAGAGAUAUGCUUUGAAGUUGUUUAUAUCCUUGAAGUACAUCACAGCAAAUGUAGUUGAUCGGAAUAACGGGAAUAUUGUUGCCACAGCUUCUACAGUUGAGCAUGCUCUCAAAAGCACAUUUGAGUGUGGACGGUCUUGCAAUGCAAAGGCUGCAACCAUUGUGGGAGAAGUUUUGGCAAGGCGGUUGAAAGUGGAAGGUCUUGAAGAUGGACAAGGAAGAGGGAUCCAUAUUGACAUGAAUAAGGAGGUAGGAAAAAAAGGAUUAAAGAAUCACACUAAGGUAUGGGCUGUUGUUAAUGCACUGAAAGACAAUGGUGUUAAGAUCAUACUUGAAGACAGAGGUGAUAACAUUUGAGUGAAUUUUUUAAUGCUUCCCACCUGUCAUCGUUGGCUAGAGAACUCGAUUAGGAAUUCAUAUGAGCCUUGCCAACCACUUUUUGGAUUCAUUCGAUUAAGAAAAACUGAAUUAGCAGAACACUUUCGAAUUGCCGUAAAAAUACAAGAUAUCUUGCUGCAAGCUAGAUAAUGAUUGCCUGAGUUUAAGGAAUGAUCACUAGGGUCGCUUCUGUCACUUUCAUCUUGAUAAUGUAGUUAUGAUUAGAAUAGAUACCGAAAUUUUGAUUAGUUUCUGUAGGUAUUACCUAUUAUGUACAUAUCUGAUAUCGUUAAAAACUUUGUGUAUCACUGAGGUGCAGUGAUCUCUGGGAUUGUAAGAAACUUUGUGUAUCACUUUCAUCUUGAUAGAGGUAUUACCUAUUGUGGUGGCUUCUGAGAUUGUUGGAAAUCUUUAUCUACAAUAUUGGAGGUAAUUAAUGAGUAACUUAAUUGCUGAUCAUGACUUUUGAUCUGAAGCUAAGCAAUGAAAAGGUCAAAACCUUAAUUCCGAAAGAUUAAGGUCGGCUACAUGAACCAAUAGAUCAUCUCCACUGAUCGUCCACAUGGAUUCUUCUCCACGGCUUUUGACCUGAAGCAAAGGGAUGUUUGACAAGACACUCAACUUCUAGCUUCUCGGAAUAUCAAUAAUUGGAGAUGAACUAAGCGACGAAAAGGCAAGGAAGUUUUUUCACUGAGCCCUUACAAACAUGGCUUCGGCGGACCUGUUGGAGUUCUCAUGCUUAUUUCGGUGAGUCAAAGAAUUGAAUUUUCUGGUUUUAAAAUAAAUCGUCACUUGAAGGAAGAUAAGGAUUUUAUUUCUGCUAAAAAAUGCAUUGAAACAAUACAAGGGUAAGGGUUAACCUAGACAUAUGGAAUAAGCUAACAAAAUUUCAUACCAAAAAAGUACAGGGCUUAGUUAUAUCAGUCCACUUCCAAUGUCUAAAACCUUGUACCGAACAGGCCCUUAGAGUCUAUGCUUGCUGCCAUCCUAUGAUAUGUGCUCAGUGCUCACCUUGGUGCACUUCUCGAGGGUCUAAAUCCUGCAUAUACUGCCCCCAACUGGAUCAGAAAGGAUAGAUCAGCUGAGGCAGCUAGAGAAACUGAAGCAGACCGAUACCAACGAUCCAACCCUCGAGGAGAAUGCCAAGGAAUUCAGUUGAACUUGACCCCAAACAAACGAAGCAAUCUUGCUGAUCACCGAUGUAAGAGCCAACUGCACAUUACCGAACUGAACCUUAGUUUCUCGUGGUCCUAAAAUCAUCUGCCAGUAGCCAAGCGUAAAGAAGCUCGUUCCACGUGUCAGGAACUCCCGGAAGACACCAAUGACUACAGUCUUCUACUUCUACAUAGGGAUUUUUAUUGGACUUUUUAAACGUUGGUUCAAGAUGGAUCGAUGGAUGGCCAUCGUUUCUGAAUUCAGACAGAUACGUAAUAUUCAGAAAACCGACCUUCAUUUUAUUGGCUUCCAUUUCUUUAACCACAUCUAGAGUGUACUGGUUGAGCAGCGGAUCUGCCUGCACCCUUUUCCUGCUCGUCUCAGGUGCCUGAUUAUCUCUACAAGUCCCCCCCGUAUCCCACGUUCCAUUCCUGCCAAUAUUCACAACCUUGUAAGUUCUGAUACACCCUCAAUCUUAUGUUACCUAUAUUAUACUUCAAUUGUGGAAAGCAUCAAUACUGUAAGGCGCUAUGCCGAGAAUCAUGGGUUGACUUAAUGAUUCGGGUCUCAUCAUCUGCUAGAAGAUAAUUCCACUCCCCCCCCUUCUUACAUGUACGGGAUUAACAUUAACCCCGAAUCAAAAAGAAAAACGAAAUGUAAGGUACGAUACCUGUAAUGAACAGAUGAAUAGCUACGAAGGACAAUCCGACUACUUUGUGGGUUUAAGUGUUGGUCUGCCCAUGUUUUCAAUGUCCUCAUUGAUCUCCGAAAUGCUUCUGUAUAAUCCAUUGUCAUAUUUACAACUCCCUUUUCCUCAAAGUAAAGGCCCCUGAAAUACAUGAAGAUUAUUAUUCGCGUAUAUUUCCAUUAUUAUCCUAUUUCAAGAGCAAGUAGGUGAGAGGAAUCCGCUGAUCUCAAUAUCGGGAAAAAUCUCUGGUGUCGGAGAUUGCUACCACUAGCAUUAGAGACAUUAGUGAAAGGAUGUGUUCCCCGUACCAUAUUAAGUAGUUAAAACACUACUUUUAAAACAUAUCAGUCGUAAAGUAUCAGUUUCAGUUUAUGUAGCUUUUACUGAUGGAUGUAACUCUUUUUAGAAUGUUAUAACUUCUAUUGUUUCGAAUUAUAAAUGUUCGUUGUUCUUCGUAACAGUUAAUAAUUAACAUUUAUAGUUGUAUGGGUAUAUACAACUAAUUGCUACUCAAA